AUGUGGCAUUUAACAGAUGAGUUGGCAAACGAGACAAAGGCAACACAAUCCCAUUUUUUUGGUUUACACGAGCCUUUCUCUGGUCUUAAUGAGAUGGAUUUUGAGCUUCAUGGAAUCUACAUGGAUCAUGAACCAGAGCAAGAGUUCGUUACUCAACUGGACAAGUGUAAGGGCAUACUUCUUAAUGUGAUAUUGACUGAUGAAAAUCUUAGAAACUCUAGUAUGGCUGAUAAAGUAAGAACACAAGUGUAUCAUGUGAAUGGUUGGCAAAGUGAUGAAGAUGAGCAAGAACAUGUGAAAAACAAGUAA